AUGAUAGAAAAUAAAUAUGAACAAAUUAAGCUAAGUCGUAAUCGAGUUGUUCUACCUACGACGAAAUUUUUAUUUACCUAUGUUCUAGAAAAAAAAUCUCUAAUUUUAGUAACUCUUUUUGCCUCGGUGGCAUUUGCUGCUCCUCAGGGAACACCAGAACCCAUUCCUAUUGUACGUCAGGAUAGCCAGAUCAAUGGUGAUGGAUCUUACCAGUACUCUUUCGAAACGGGUAAUGGUAUCAGUGCCGAUCAGAAAGGUGAUCUGAAGAAGGUCGGUGAUGUUGAUGCUAUAGAAGUCCACGGACAGUUCCAAUAUCCUAGUGAAGAUGGACAAAAUAUUCAAUUGACUUAUGUUGCUGAUGAGAACGGCUACCAGCCCCAAGGAGCACAUCUUCCCACUGCGCCACCAGUCCCAGCAGACAUUCAACGCGCCCUUGAUUUCCUCGCCACCGCCCCCCCACAACCAGAACAAUAGAUUAAAAGUAUAACAAUGUACCUGAAAUGGUAUUCAAUUAUAAACAAAGAUUUCUUAAUGUAAAUUUUGUACUUUUUUAGACCAAAUAAAAAUAAUUAUAGCUA